UCCAAACUCCUUCAGUUCGCUCAGUUUCUAUUUCUGCUGGUUUUCAAAAAAUAAAAUGGAGUCCUUUAUUAAGGUACCUUACCACCUGGAAGCCAGGUUGUUGCUAUGGGCAGACAUAAGUUACCAUGACAUGGAGCUGAUUGACCAAAUGCAAUCCGUUCCUGAUCUGGAAAGAAUCCUGUGCAGCCUGUUGUGUGCUGGCCUCCCCGAACCAAAAAAAGAGGUCCUGCUGGAACUAUAUGUGCAAACGGUUAAUUUUUGCAGAGAACAUAACUUAAAUAAAGAGCAAACAUCUACACUUCUGUCCAUCAUCAAGUCCAUCCAUGAAGCCAACACUGAAACUCCGCUCAAUAACUUUAGGGAAUGUCUCAAAUACUGCCAUGAUCUUCUGCUGUGUCACUCAAUCACGAGACCUCCUUUCAGCAUCAACCUGUUCAGCUUCGAGGAGGCGAAUUGUGUUUUAAAAUACAUCCAGGACCACUACAUGAAAGACUACAAACUCUACAAGUACAUAUUCACACCAAAGGUCACACUUGAUCUUUCUCUGAUUUAUUCUGGGACUACAGACAUGGAAUCAUCUUUUAUAAAGGAUUCCUCUGCGCCAGAUAACCGUUUCUCUCCUACACCUGGACUCAAGCUGGAGGUCCACGGACCAGCAGCCUUGGAGAGAUCAGGCAGCAGAUGCAGCAAAGGUUCAGACAACAGGACAAGCUCAACAGCAGAAUUAAUCGUCCCAAAUCCAUCCACAAAAAAAAAAGAAAAAAAAAAAGACAAAAAUAUGACCGGCUAUAAUGUUAAAUAAGACAAUUUAAACAUCUGUUUUAUUG